AUGACGCCAAAAGGCGAUCAAUUGGAUUGCAGUCCAAGCAAUCGGACGACAUUGAAGUGUGAUUUAGGCAAUCCUUUCAAUCCGGGAAAAUUGGAAUUUCAGCUCAGAUUCAAUCCGACCGGUCUUUCAGACGCCGAAACUAGUCUUCAGCUACAGAUUCAGUCGACCACAACAAGUGCUGACAAAUCAGUUAAUGACGAUUUGGUGACUCUUACCGCAGAAGUCAUUCGUAACGCAGAAUUAGAAUUAAGCGGUAAUUCCGAAGAGCAGGCCGUGAGAUAUGGGGGCGAAAUCAAAGGCGAGGCAGCGAUUAAAUUUGAAGAUGAGAUCGGAAGUAGAGUUUUCCAUAAGUAUAUAAUCAGAAAUGCCGGGCCGUGGAAGGCGUCCCGCAUUGAUGUGAACAUCUCGUGGCCCUAUCAGGUGGAGAACGGACGGGAACACGGAAAAUGGCUCCUCUACUUAACUGGAGUGCCUCAAGUGACCGGACAGGGAGGCAAAGGUUACUGUUUGAUGGGACCCAAUCAGGUCAACCCACUUGACUUCGAUAUUAACUCUGAAUACAAUUCAGUGGUCGAUAAUGUGCCAAAAAUGCCUGAAAGUCGGGGAUCAAAGAGUCGUCGUAAGCGAGAGAUGAUAGUACUUCCCCGUGAAGUGAGAGCUUCCGACGGAAGUAUACAGAAUGUGGUGUCAAUGAGU